CCUCGCAUCGGAAACCUGCCCCGUGCGUGCGCUGUUCUCUUCGUGUCUGUGUCUGAGGAACAGCUGAAGCGGAUUUUCUAACGAGCGGGCAUGGCCAACGAACCAUUAUUCCGACUCGAUCGACUCAGUUAAGGUCUUCGGAUUGCAAUAAUAUCUAUGCAUCCUAUGUUCAUUAUGUCGACGCAUACGCACGGAUCCGAUCCGGCACGGAAUGACACGCGGAAGCUAUCGCACGGGAACAACCCAGAGUCUCUUCAACUUGGCCCCGGGAUUUGUUUUGUUUCGUUCGGUGAUGAUGGCGGUGGUGAUGGGUGAUGCAACCCAUGGGACACACCGUACAACAACGUACGCACGGUACAAAACCGAUAGGAACCCGACGGGCUUCCCAACACUUCGUUGCUUCUUUUUUCUCUGCUUGUUUUUGUUUUUGUUUCGUUCCUUCUUUCCUCGAAAACCCGACGAUCGCAACCAAUCCAGACAAAAAAAAAGUCCGAGCCCGGAUACCAAUCCACACCGGACCACAACCACCACAACCACCACAACAAGCUGCCAUGAAGUUCUCGCUCGUUGCGCUGCUGGCGGCCGCCCCCAGGGCGUCUGCCUUUGCCCCCCAGGGGGCUCCCUCCCACCUUCUGUCCCCCUCGCUCUCGGCCUCGGCGGCCCCCGUCGAGGACUACGUCGACGCCAAGCUCACCGAGCACUCCCACUGCACCGAGCCCGGGGACCGCGACAUUCUGGUCCGGGCCGCCCGCGGGGAGGUGACCGAGCGGACCCCCGUCUGGCUCUGCCGCCAGGCCGGCCGGUACAUGGAGGCCUUCCGGGCCUACUCGACCAGAUACCCCUUCCGGGAGCGGUCCGAGACGCCGGAAAUGGCCGUCGAGCUGAGCCUCCAGUGCCACCGCAAGUACGGGAUGGACGGGAUCAUCAUGUUCUCGGACAUUCUGACGCCCCUGCCGACCCUCGGGAUCGACUUCGACGUGGUCCCGGGCAUCGGGCCCGUCAUUUCCACGGAGGUUGCCAGCGAGUCCGACGUGGAGGCCCUCGGGUCGGUGGAGGGCGUGGAGGCCUUUGACGAGAAGCUCCCCUUCAUUCGGGAGAUCCUGGGCGACCUCUCGAGGGAGGCCGAGGAGAAGAACACGGCCCUCAUCGGCUUUGUCGGGUCCCCCUUCACCCUGGCGGCCUACACGAUCGAGGGCAAGUCCUCCAAGCACUGCCUGGCCACCAAGAAGCUCAUGAUGGAGGCGGCCCGCGGGGAGACCGCCACGAUGGACCUCUUCCUGGACAAGAUCGCCACCAUGAUCGGCCACUACGCCUGCCACCAGAUCGAGUGCGGGGCCCAGGUGAUCCAGUUCUUCGAGAGCUGGGCCCACCAGCUCUCCCCCAAGCACUUUAACGACUUUGCCAAGCCGGCCGCCCAGAAGGCCAUUGCCAUUGUCAAGGAGAAGCACCCGGACGUCCCGGUCAUCUACUUUGCCAACGGGGGAUCCUCCUACCUGGAGCUCCAGAGGGACAUGGGGGCCGACAUGAUCGCCGUCGACUGGUCCGUCGACAUGGCCGAGGCCCGGAGGAUCCUGGGCCCGGACGUUGCCGUCAGCGGGAACAUCGACCCGACGGUCCUCUUUGGGUCGAAGGAACAGAUCGAGCAGGCCGUCCGGGACUGCAUCGACAAGGCCGGGGGGCCCGGUAACAGGCACCUCCUCAACCUCGGCCACGGCGUCAUGCAGGGAACGCCGGAGGAAGCCGUCGGCUGGCUGGUCGACGAGGCCAAGCGGUAUACCGGCAAGCAAGCAGAGUAAAAGCGCAAAGCGAGCGACGGGCCAAAGACAAACCACCGUCCAAACCACCGAACACCACGAUCGGUUUGGAGUAAACUAGACGAUAGUAG